AUGGUGAGGAAAGAGACGCUGAGAGUUCUUAGCGGAGAUGGCGUUCGAGUACGGAGCAUUUGUGGUGAUGUGCACAUUCCUCGAUCUGAGUUGGACCAGGUGAUGAACACGGAAGCCUUGGACAAGGAGACAAAAUUUGAUGCUGACGUGAUAGUGCUGGCCUGCAAGGCAUGGGAGGUCGAGCGAUGCUUGAAGAUGUGCCAACCCUGGUGCGGGGCAAGCACUCUUGUCCUGCCGCUUCAAAACGGCGUAGAUGCUUUUGGCAAAGUCCGAUCUAUUGUGACUUCUUGGGGCAAGGGCCGACCUCUGGUCGGUUGGUGUAACAUUGUUGCUGCCAUCCAGGAGCCUGGACUCAUAAAGCACUGGGCUGCCAAUCCGCCUUGCAUUUACUAUGGCGAGUUUGAGGGUGCUCCAACCUCAAGGACGAAGCAGGUCGAGUCCGUGCUUGCCACGUGCGAUGGCAUGGCAGUCUCGUUGGAGCAAGAUGCACUUUCUAAGUGUUGGGAAAAGUUCUCUUUCAUCUGCUCAACAACGGCAGUUCAGGCAACUGCCGGCCCCUCUGCAACCCAGGACCUCAUCCCGCAGGUGCCCGAGCUUGAGCAGAUGUGGCGUUCGGCCAUGGAAGAGGUCAUUGCGAUAGCGAGAAAGAGCGGCAUUGACUAUCAACAGUCAUGGAUGGAAAAGCGCAUUCCCAUCUUGCGAGACGCUGUUGGUGCAACCACGAGCUGUAGUCGAGAUCUAUGGGCUGGAAGGCACAGCGAGCUUGAAGAUUUGCUGGGGUCGGUACACCGCAUGGGCCAGGAGAAGGGCGUUGCCACACCCGUAGUCUCCACCUGCUUCCGAGCUUUGACCGUGCGAGAUCGGUUGGCACGGAGGGCCACGACGCUGCCAAUUUAUCCUAUGUUGGAGGGCCAGAAAAUCCUCGGUACCAUUUGCAACCAUAAAGGGCAGCAGCUCCCCGCAGAUCGGACACUUGCACAGAAGAAGGCAGAGGAGUAUUUGCAGCCUGAGUGGUACGUUUGCCCUAUGACAUCUGCAAUUGCUUCUGGCGGCCAAUGCGAAGUUCCUGAGGGUGUCCAAAUGCUUUGGGAAGCAGAACUCGGGGUGGUGAUCUCGCACAGCUGUGAGAAUCUUUCCCCAGAUGAAGCGAUGGAUUAUGUUGGGGGCUACUGCAUGGUGCUUGACUUGACUGGUGGGAAUCUUGGCUUUGAAUCUAUGAAGUACGGCCAUUCCUGGACCCGAAACAAAUGCCAGAACACCUUCAAGCCAGUGGGAGCCUUUAUUCCAGCUUCGGAGCUUCCGAAGCCGGAGUCUUUACGUAUCAUCUGCCGCGUGAACGGGAAGACAGUCGCACAAGAUGAGACCAGCAAAAUGAAGUUCACCAUUGCGCAACAAAUUGCCGAUGCCAGCGAGCUGACGCCUCUGCGAAGAGGCGACAUUCUCUUGACCGGCGCAGGCUCGCUGGGGCCCUUGACCGUUGGUGACUUUGUUGAGGGAGCUAUCGAGGGCCUGAGUGCAAAGUACACUGUGAGCGCUACUCUGGUAGCCCAGCCGAAAAGGCGAAAGCUGGAACACGCAAAGCUUUAG